CUUGGUCUUGGCAAAGUUCCCUCAGGAGCGCCUCUUGCUGACUGGCAUUAUUACACCAUACAGCAGAAGACGCUGAGCUCGCUCCUCAUUUUUGGAGGAGCCGAGAGGACCGAGUCUACUUCCAGAAUCCUCACAUAUUCACUUGGACACGAGGGCACAUCACAAUUCCACCAUGGCACCUCAAAUCCUUUGGAUUGGACUGGGCAACAUGGGCCGAGGCAUGUCCAAAAACCUCGUGGAGAAGGGCAACCUGGACAAGCCGCUGCUUCUGUACAACCGGACCAAGAAGCGGUCCGACGACCUCGCCGCGUCUCUACCCUCCGGCAAAACCGAAGUAGUCGAGCAGAUCGGCCCAGCGGUGCAGAGGGCGGACAUCAUCUUCACCUGCCUCACCAACGACGCCGCAGUGCAGGCCGUGUACGCCGAGGCUCUCAAGCAGGAGGGCCAGGCCAAGGGCAAGAUCUUUGUCGAGUGCUCCACGAUUCACCCAGACACAACCGAGGCCGUCGCCAAGGACGUGCAGGCGCAGGGAGCCUCAUUCGUCGCAAGCCCCGUCUUCGGCGCUCCCCCGAUGGCCGACGCGGGCCAGCUCAUCUUUGUCAUUGCGGGCGCGGCAAAAGUGCUGAACCAGGUGCGUCCGUACAUGAAGGGCGUCAUGGGUAAGGCCGAGAUCGCGUUCGAGGACGAGCCCUACGGCAAGCCCCUGCAGCUCAAGCUCAUUGGCAACACAUUCAUCGUCAACAUGGUCACGGCCCUGGCCGAGGGUCUCACCAUGGCGGAGAAGACGGGCGUCGGCGUCGCGCCUCUCAAGCAGUUUGUCGACAACCUGUUUGGCGGUCCUUACAGCGCCUAUUCGGAGAGGAUGCUGCAGGGCAUAUACUGGAAGCGCGAGGAGCCACUGUUCGCGGCCACUGGAGCACGCAAGGACGUGCGGCAUGCGACAAGCGUGGCAAAGGCUGCCGGGAUGGAGCCACGGCUCGCCGCCGUUGCGGAUGGUUAUCUGAAGGAUGUGGAGGAUCACCAAGGUGGUGAGAAGGGAGACAUUGCGGGCAUCUAUGGCGCCGCGAGGAAGAGGGCUGGGCUGAAGUUUGAGAACGAUGCGUGAGGGAAAUGCCCGAGUACUGGGGAGGGCAAACGCAACUGAGAAUGCUGGCAGAUUGAUGACGUGUGUACCUUGGCACGAACUAGUCGAGCAUAUACAGACGCUCUUGUGAA